AUGCAACAAGUUCAGAGCAUUCCCUCCAUUGUAAAACUCAAUGUUGGCGGUCAUUUCUUCACAACAAGUCUUCAAACGCUGACCAAAUCCAAGAUCAAGGCUCAAGGUUGACCGCCAUUUUGUUGUCAAAGUCUGCGAUAAAACCUUGCGAAGACGGCGCCUUCUUCAUCGACCGAGAUGGAACUCACUUCCGGUUUAAACUUCGCACUGGGAAAUUCCAGGUGACUCUAUCGUAUCUCCGUACUGGACAAUUGAUGGAACCAAAUAAUAUAUUUCUUAAUCAAGUAAUCAAGAGGUGGCAGUAGAAGCUAGGUCUAAUAAAAUUACCAAAAUGGUAGAGAUGGUUAACAAGCAGUUGCUUCCUUUUAGAAUGCAAACCGUCCGUGAAUUUCGAGUCUAUCCUAGAUCAGUUAAGAUCCGUGGAUCAUCGUCGCUUGUAACGGUAUGAAUACACUUCCGUUAUCAGCCAAAUAACUGUAAUUGAACUAAGUGGCGUGCAUGAUUUUUAGUACCAUAUGAGAUGAAUAAGCGCGAGUAAAUUUUGGAAAGGCUGACCAAAUUGCAAGAGCCCGUUGGGUGAGUGCAAUUUGUAAUCUUUUAAACAUUUACGAGGGCUAAUUUAUUCCAAAUCGCACAGAUAACUUAUGAGUUUACUUAACAAUGAUAAAAAUGCAAAAAAUUGAUUGGGUUUUCCUGUUUAGACGUGUUUACUUUGUGUCAUGGCUCACUGGUGCGGCCGCUUGCGUUUGUCUUGUCGUCAGACUUAUUCCUUGAAAAACUUGCUCAAAGUCUGUUUUCAUCAUCUGAGGCUAAAUUUUAAUUGACCUGAGAACUGCAGCCGGGAGACUCGCUUUACCCUAUAAAAUGCAGGAUGGCGUUAAGCAGGAAUCAUGGAGUACCAAAUGAGGAAAACGUAAAUCACAUAAUAAAACUUAAUAUUGGCGGUCAUUACUUCACAACAAGUCGUCAAACACUAACAAAGGAUCCGGAGUCCGAGUUGGCCGCCAUCUUUUCAAACAGGUCUAAGUUUAUAGAAUGCGAAGACGGCGCUUUCUUUAUUGACCGAGAUGGAACUCACUUCCGGUUUAUACUUAAUUAUCUUCGCACUGGGAAAUUAACUUUUCCUGAGGGAGAGAAAGCCUUCAAAGAACUACAGGAGGAGGCUGAAUAUUAUCGGAUAAAAGGAAUGCUUGAUGAAUUAGAGUUUGACUCCGAAAUUAUAACAAACGACAAUCACCGAAGCUUGUUGUUAAGGUGGCUGCCCCCUCAAGAUACACAGGAGAGGCGAAGGCGCCUUCGUCUGCUGUUCCGCGCUUCACAAGAUGGCUUUAUGGCGAAAACAUUUCACUCCAAGUGCGACAAUAAAGGGCCCACGGUCACUAUUGUUCAGAGUGGAAAAUACAUUUUUGGUGGAUUCACUGAAGAGUCGUGGGACAGUAAGUACUCGAGUGUUAUAAGAAUUGUGCAAACAGAGUUUAGUUAUGAAGACGAACGAAACUAGUAGAGCAGUCCAAAUUUUCAAUAUGCUCAUUGCCAAAACAUUUUCUCAGAAAAAAAACAGACUACGCUUAAAGAGCUACAAUCAUAAGAUAACAAUUGGAAAAUACGUCAAUAAACCAUCGCAGGUGUCUUGAUAGGGUCACAACCGAGGGCUUUUCGCAGAAAAGUCUUAAUAGUAUUACGAAACACACCGAUGAUAUUUGAUAAAAUAAGGAUAAAUGUUAUGGAAAACAACACUUUCAUAAAUAAGCAUGCCAUUUCUACUGCUCAUAAUAAAACUUAUCUGGUUUCUUCUUUUCACUUUCCAUAAUCUCCAUACAGUCACGCACCGAAAAAAAGUAAAACUACAUUUUAGCUCUCGAGUUAAGGAUUGAAUUUUGUUUACUUGCAACUCGGGAUGACAGGUACCCAGUACUUGAAUUCAUUUUAUUUUUCUGGGAAUUACGCAUUCUUUGCAUACAUUUUAAGGGUGGGUAGAAAAACCAGAUUCUCGCAAAACUUCGCCCAACAAUCCAUUAUAAGGAGCAGAAGGAGAGCUUUCUAAAGAUUUUCCGCAUUACUCUCGUGACGGCUGCCGACGCGGUUUGGCGGUUGCCUUUUGAAUCUAUUAAUUAGAUGGGGUCGCACAUUCGGUGGAUGUAAAUUUGUCAGCCUCUCACGUAAAAAGAAAGACACGGCUGACGUCUGCUGCUUUUAAUUGUCUGGUUAUCUGUUCUUAUUUAAAGAAAACGACGAAAUAAAACUAUAUGCCAAACGAGCCGCACGGAUUAUCUAUAAAGUCGUCUCACCAAAGCAAAGAGCAGAUCACCGGGCUAAUUUAGUUUAAUUAUCGUAGACAGUGUUAUCAAACGCGCUGUGUUUAAUAGAGAGGUAACAUUUCUUCAACAGGCCACGGAGAUUACACGAGAUGUACAGAAGCAUUCUUGUUCAGCAUGGUCAACCCAAGUGGCAUAGAACCGACUAAAAUGCCAGUUAAGCAAGAAAGUGAGUACGCCAUUUACUGCAAAAGUGACUAUGGACCAACGUUCGGGUUGGGAAAGGAUGGGUACGACCUGCACAUCUCCGACAAGGCAAACAAAUUUACUUCAAGUUCAGUUUCUCUCGGUGAAACUUACAAUAACCCAACUUAUAAUGACUUCUUUACGGGAAAAACUCAUUUUCACGUGACCAAUUACGAAGUGUUUGAAAUUGUGAACUGAUUAAUAUUCUGUUCAACGGACAUUUAAUGUGUUUUUGGGCGACUAAAAUAAAAUCGGGCACCUUCAAGUAACUGAUUAUCAAACGACAUCGGUAAAGGAGAAAAUUCUUGAUUUAAAAAAAAAAAGGAAAUAGAAAGAAAAAGAUUGUUUCACAACUUAAUAGAAGUUGCAAGGUCUUUCGGACCUUGCUCCCCUUUUUCCAUGAUUUUAAGAUUUUGAAUUAAAUUUUAGAUUCUGAAAAAUAAAGAGCUACAAAAACGCUGACAUUUUUACUCGGUAUUGAUGCAGUGCACAGAAGUGAUUAUAGAGACGAGUCCUCUAUAAAAUUUCUCUAGAAUUGUAAUUUGUUCUUCAGCCGGUAAAUAAUUUGAUGCCAUACACGUACUUGUUACUCUGUUAAACGAGUGUCUCAAAAACUGAGUUCUAAGACCUCAAAAAUUAACUAAGACCUCCAAAACUAAGACCGAGAAAAGUUGGCGUAUUGAUGAACUAGCAGGUACUUGAGGUCAGUUUUUUUACAAUGCAUAACUACAAAAAUAUAAAUAUUCCUUUUAGUUUUUUGACGGUCAUAAAAUGCCACGUCCGUCUAUGCUAGUUAGCCUAAGCUGUCACUUCCGCCAUUUUAGCGAGUUAUCCAUUUCUAGGUUUACUACUCCUAAGAAAAGGUCCUUCUCCUAGAAGUAGUAAACCUAGAAAUGGUAACUCGCUAAAAUGGCCUCGUUGCAACAAAGUAAGCGGUCAGACCACAAGCAAUGCUUUGUGAAAGUAAGGUGAGGUAUUUAUUGAGAAUUAUAAAUAAAAUGUAUAUUCCCAUACAAACUCUUAUAUUUUCGCCAUGACACUUAUUUCGCAAGAUGACCAUCUCACAGCUGGAGCUUGGGCUGUCUGUAAUCUGAAAUGACACAUGGAGACAACUAUAUUUUUGCAGUUUUUGACUUGAUAUUUUAUUAUUGCUGCUGAGAAUUAGCAAAUGAUGCCUCCCAGUGGGCAACAGAACAAGAACAGUCAUAUCUCUUAAACAUUAGAUUAAAAAUUCACAAAAUUUUUAGACAAUGAUCUUCACAUGCACCUGCAUGCAAUGAAGUACCGAAACACCUCUCAGUCAUGUAGAAUGGAAAAUAUUAAAGAAAACACAACAACUUUCAGGAAUUGAUAAGAUGAGCAAUCUCAUUUUGGUCAUUUAACAACAAAAGAUGCACCUAAGUACAUGUUUCUAGUUCAUUGAAUGCAAAAAUAUACAGAGAUCUCUCACUCCAAAAAUGAGAAGAAUUGAAUGAAACCCUGGAAAGUUAUUUUUGUUAGCGUGUCGGUAGUUUCACAAAAUUCAAAAUUGAGAGAAAACUAGUUUAAAGUUUCUAAACUGAUUUUUUCAAGACUUAAACACAGUUUCCAUGAAUCGAACUGUUCAAAACUGACCAGGGCCAUAGCUGACACCUUCAGUUUGCUUAUUAUGAUCAUCUUUUCGUUUCUUAAGGCCCCUAAUCACUUUGUAUCGCCUCUUGGUAGUAGCUUUGCUUUUAUGUUGUGCAAUAUUAACUCUAAGCUGGUCUUGGAGUCUGAAACCCAUCCUUGGUAUAUUUGCCAGGAGGAAUACCAAGGGCUUGGAAAAGCUUAAUUAAACUAAUUGAACCAAUAUUAAGAUAAGAAACAGCACCAUAAAGUCCUAAUUCCAAUGUCUCUCUUCCAACAUAAAUUUCUUUUGGAAUCCUUUGCCAUGUAAGCAUCUUGCCAUGUAAGCACUUCUGCAGCAAGUUGUUCUCACUAAGUCGAAUAUAUUCAGGCUUUAACAUGGCAAUAACAGGUAAAGAAAGGCCAGGUCCAUGCUUAAAGAGAUUUGUAUGGUUGGCUUUGUCCUUUUGAUACUUGCACCAACUUGCACUACUUAUUGGGCAGUGGUCAUGAAGUGGGCAUGCCUCAGGUACCACCUUAAACUGUUUUAACACACCUUUUUAGAUAACAAUCGUGCAACCGUAUGGAGCCGCCAUGUUGUUUUGCAAGUUGACACUUUUAAAGCGCGCCAAGUUCGCGCCCAGAUUUCGCGCAGUCAAAAAACCCUAUGGAACCUCCUUAAAGUCUUUUUUUCUUCCGUCUCCAUCUGAGGCUAAAUUGUUUUUGGCGUAAUAACUGUAGCUGGGAGACUCGCCUUACACCAAGAUGGCGUUAAGCAGGCAACAAGAAGCACCGAACGAGGAAGACAUAAAUCCAAUUUCUCCGACCAUAAAACUUAAUAUUGGCGGUCAUUACUUUACAACAACUCUUCAAACACUGACCAAAGAUCCAAACUCAAUGCUGGCCGCCAUGUUCUCAGGGAAAUUUGACAUGAAACCUGCUGAAGACGGCGCUUUCUUUAUCGACCGAGAUGGAACUCACUUUCGGUUUAUACUCAAUUAUCUCCGGACUGGGAAAUUAACUUUUCCUGAGGGAGAGAAAGCCUUCAAAGAACUACAGGAGGAGGCUGAGUAUUAUCAGAUAAAAGGAAUACUUGAUGAAUUAGAGUUUAACUCCGAAAUUAUAACAAACGACAACCACCGAAGCUUGUUGUUAAGGUGGCUACCCCCUCAAGAUACACAGGAGAGGCGAAGGCGCCUUCGUCUGCUGUUCCGCGCUUCUCAAGAUGGCUUUAUGGCGAAAACAUUUCACUCCAAGUGCGACAAUAAAGGGCCCACGGUCACUAUUGUUCAGAGUGGAAAAUAUAUUUUUGGUGGAUUCACUGAAGAGUCGUGGGGCACUAAGUACUCGAGUGUCAUAAGAUUUAUGCAAACAGAGUUUAGUUAUGAAGGCAAAAGAAACUAGUAGAGCAGUCCAAAUUUUCAAUAUGCUUAUUGCCAAAACAUUUUCUCAGAAAAAAAAACAGACUACGCUUAAAGAGCUACAAUAAUAACAUAACAAUUGGGAAAUACGUCAAUAAACCAUCGCAAGUGUCAUGAUAGGGUCACAACCGAGGGCUUUUCGCAGAAAAGUCUUCUAAGUAUUACGAAACAAACUGCUGAUAUUUGAUAAAAUAAGGAUUAAUGUCUAUGGAGAACAACACUCUCAUGGUAUCCGCGGGUUUCGCCCAUAACGAGUUUCGCCCAAGAAGCGUUUCGCCCAUAACGAGAAUGGUUUCGCCCAGGCAUAAAUUCGAUUCGUGCGGCGCGCGGAUCUUAACUUCCGUGUACAAAAGAUUUGCAACGAUGAUAUGUUCCACGCGCAAGUGUUUUCAAAAGCGUUUAAUUUAAUUCUCGAGAAGAAAAGUGAUGCAAAAAAAUCAUAGCAAUGCUUUUACGACAAACGGACGUCUCUGCAGUAUUUCGUGCGCGAAUUACCUUAACAAUCCCCGCUCCACAGUGAAAGCUAUAAUUGACUUGUUCGUUUCAACAGUAACUUGUUCGUUUCAAAAUUUCAUGAUCUCAGGUCAAGUCACUUUUCUUCAUUCUAUGCAUACAAACGUUUAUAAGGUUGACGUUUUCCGAGUGAGAGUGUAGAAGUUUUACUUAUGGGCGAAACCAUUCUCGUUCUGGGCGAAACCAUUCUCGUUCUGGGCGAAACGAUAUGUGCGAAACUCGUUAUGGGCGAAACCCGCUAUAACCACUCUCAUAAUGCAAUUUUUACUGCUCAAAACAAAACUUAUUUAUUUCCUUCUUUUUACUAUCCGCUGGCAUAAUCUCCAUACAGUCACGCACCGAAAAAAAAUAAAACUACAUUUUAGCUAUUUUCUUAAGAAAUUAAAUUUGUUUACUUUUAACUCAGGAUGACAGGUACUACUCGCAUUCAUUUUCUUUUUCUAGGAAUUACGCAUUCUUUGCAUACAUUUUUAGGGUAGAUAGUAAAAACCUGAUUCUCGCGAAAUUUCGCCCAACAAUCUAUUAUGAGUAUCAGGAUUUUCUACAUUACUCUCGUGACGGCUGCUAACGCGGCUCGGCGGCUGCGUUUGCGGUUGCGUUUUGUAUCUAUAAAUUAGAUGGAGUCGUACACUCGGUGGAUGUGAAUUUGCCAACCUCUCUCGUAAUAGGAAAGGCACGGCUGAUAUUUAUUGCUUUUAUUUGUCUGGUUAUCUGUUCUUAUUUAAAGAAAACAACGAAAUAAAAUUAUUCGUCAAACGAGCCACACGGAUAAUCCGUUAAGUCGUCUCACCCAAGCAAGAGCAGAUCACCGAGCUAAUUCAAUUUAAUCAUUGUAGACAGUGUUAUCUAACGCGCUUUGUUUAAUAGAGAGGUAACAUUUCUUCAACAGGCCAAGGAGAUUACACGAGAUGUACAGAAGCAUUCUUGUUCAGCAUGGUCAACCCAAGUGGCUCAGAACCGACUAAAAUGCCACUUAAGCGAGAAAGUCAGUACGCCAUUUGCUGCAGAAGUGACUAUGGACCAACGUUCGGGUUAGGAAGGGAUGGGCACGACCUGCACAUCUCAGGCAAUGCAAACAUAUCUGCUUCAAGUUCAGUUUUUCUCGGUGAAACUUACAAUAACCCAACUUAUAAUGACCCGGAAUCCAAGGCUGAAUUGUUCUUCACUGGGAAAACUAAUUUUCACGUGACCAAUUACGAAGUGUUUGAAAUUGUGAACUGAUUAAUAUUCUGUUCAACGGACAUUUAAUGUGUUUUUUGGGCGACUAAAAUAAAAUCGGGCACCUUCAAGUAACUGAUUAUCAAACGACAUCGGUAAAGGAGGAAAAUAUUGAUUAAAAAAAAAGGAAAUAAAAAGAAAAAGAUUGUUUUCACAACUUAAUAGAAGUUGCAAGGUCUUUCGGACCUUGCUCCCCUUUUUUCAUGAUUUUAAGAUUUUGAAUUAAAUUUUAGAUUCUGAAAAAUAAAGAGCUACAAAAACGCUGACAUUUUUACUCGGUAUUGAUGCAGUGCACAGAAGUGAUUGUAGAGACGAGUCAUUUAUAAAAAUUUCUCUAGAAUUGUAAUUUGUUCUUCAGCCGCUAAAUAAUUUGAUGCCAUACACGUACUUGUUACUCUGUUAAACGAGUGUCUCAAAAACUGAGUCCUAAGACCUCAAAAAGUAACUAAGACCUCCAAAACUAAGACCGAGAAAAGUUGGCGUAUUGAUGAACUAGCGGGUACUUGAGGUCAGUUUUUUACAAUACAUAACUACAAAAAUAUAAAUAUUCCUUUUGGUUUUUUGACGGUCAUGAAAUGCCACGUCCGUCUAUGCUAGUUAUCACAAGCUGUCACUUCCGCCAUUUUAGCGAGUUAUCCAUUCUAGGUUUACCACUCCUAAGAAAAGGUCUUUCUCCUAGAAGUAGUAAACCUAGGAAUGGAUAACUCGCUAAAAUGGCCUCGUUGCAAACAAAGUAAGCGGUCACAAAACAAGCAAUGGACUGUGAAAGUAAGGUGAGGUAUUUAUUGAGGAUUAUAAAUAAAAAAUAUAUUCCCAUACAAACUCUUACAUUUUUGCCAUGACACUUAUUUCGCAAGAUGACCAUCUCACAGCUGGAGCUUAGGCUGCCUGUGAUCUGAGCAUGCGUGAACUUUCGAAUCUAUCGCCUUUUGGCAAUCUUUCCCACGGUGUUUUCUCUUCGGUUGAUCUCUUUUUCAGGGGUAGAGGGCCUAUGAAUAUUACGGGUGCAGUUUUUGGAAACCCUAGAAUCCAUAUCAUAAAAACUGUAUUACGUCAAACUGUUUUAACACACCUUUUUAGAUAACAAUCGUGCGACCGUAUCGAGCCGCCAAGUUUGUUUUGCAAGCUGACACUUAUAAAGCUCCGCGCGCUAUAUUCGCACCCAGAUCUCGCGCAGUCAAAAAACCCUAUGGAGCCUCCUUGAAGUUUGCUUUUCUUCCUUUUUCAUCUAAGGCUGAAUUUUAAUUGACCUGAGAACAGCAGCUGGGAGACUCGCUUUACACCAAGAUGGCGUCAAGCAAGCAACACGAAGCACUAAACGAGGAAGAUGUAAAUCGAGUUUCUCCGACAAUAAAACUUAAUAUUGGCGGCCAUUACUUCACCACAACUCGUGAAACACUGACCAAAGAUCCAAACUCAAGGCUGGCCUCAAUGCUCUCAGGGACACUUGACUUGAAACCUGCCGAAGACGGCGCUUUCUUUUUCGACCGAGAUGGAACUCACUUUCGGUUUAUACUAAAUUAUCUUCGCGAUGGGAAGAUUAUCGUACCAGAAGGAGUAACAGCCUUCAGACAACUGCUGGAGGAAGCGAAAUUUUACCAGAUCAGGGGGUUAUCAGACGAAUUAAAUUCGGAGUGGUUAAAGACAGAAGGAAGGGUUAGAAUCAAUGUCGGUGGUCAUUACUUCACCACAACUCGUCAAACACUGACCAAAGGUCCAAACUCAAUGCUGAACAGCUUUUUCUCAGAGAUAUUUGACGAGAAACCUGAUGUUGACGGCGCCUUCUUUAUAGACCGCGAUGGAACUCACUUUCGAUUCAUACUCAAUUACCUCCGAACCAUGGAAUUAUCUUUUCCAGAGGGAGAAAUAGCCUUCAGAGAACUACAGGCGGAGGCUCAGUUUUACCAGAUCCAGGGGAUACUUGAUAAAUUACAGUUUAACUCCGAAAUUGUAACGGAUAACGAACACCGAAAGAAGUUGUUCCAGUGGCUGCCCCCUCAAGAUACACAGGAGAGGCGAAGGCGCCUUCGUCUGCUGUUCCGCGCUUCUCAAGAUGGCUUUAUGGCGGAAACAUUUCACUCCAAGUGCGACAAUAAAGGGCCCACGAUCACUAUUGUUCAGAGUGGGGACAACAUAUUUGGUGGAUUCACUGAAGAGUCUUGGGCCAGUAAGUACUCGAGUAUUGUGAGAAUUAUGCAAACAGAGUUAAGUUAUGAAAGCGAUAGAAACUAGUAGAGCUGUCCAAAUUUUCAAUAUGCUCAUUGCCAAAGCAUUUUCCCAGAAAAAAAGACAGACUUCUCUUAAAGAGAGACAAUCAUAAGAUAGCAAUUGGGAAAUACGUCAAUAAACCACCGCAGGUGUUAUGAUAGGAUCACAACCGAGGGUUUUUCGCAGAAAAGUCUCAAUAGUAUUACGAAACACACCGCGGAUAUUUGAUUAAAUAAGGAUAAAUGUUAUGGAAAACAACAGUUUCAUAAAUAAGCAUGCCAUUUCUACUGCUCAUAAUAAAAAUUAUUUAUUUCUUCCUUUCACUUUCCGCCGACAUAAGUCACGCACCGAAAAAAAAUAAAACUACAUUUUAGCUCUUGAGUUUCGUAAGAAAAUUGGUUUUGUUUAUUAGUAACUCGGGAUGACAGGUACUCAGUACUUGAAUUCAUUUUAUUUUUCUGGGAAUUACGCAUUAUUUGCAUACAUUUUUAGGGUAGGUAGUAAAACCAGAUUCUCGUGAAAUUUCGCCCAACAAUCUAUUACGAGUCGCAGAAGAAUAGCUUUCUAAAGAUUUUUCGCAUUACUCUUGUGACGGCUGCUAACGUGACUCGGCGGUUGCGUUUUGUAUCUAUAAAUUAGAUGGAGUCGUACACUCGGUAAAUGUAAAUUUGCCAGCCUCUCUCGUAAAAAGAAAGACACGGCUGAUAUCUGUUGCUUUUAUUUGUCUGGUUAUCUGUUCUUAUUUAAAGAAAACAAAGAUAUAAAACUAUACGUCAAACGAGCCACACGGAUAAUCUGUUUAGUGGUCUCACCCAAGCAAAGAGUAGACCACCGAGCUAAUUCAGUUUAAUUAUUGUAGACAGUGUUAUCAAACGCGCUGUGUUUAAUAGAGAGGUAAAAUUUCUUCAAUAGGCCAAGGAGAUUACACGAGAUGUACAGAAGCAUUCUUGUUCAGCAUGGUCAACCCAAGUGGCACAGAACCGACUAUAAUGCGACUUGAGAGAGAAAGUCAGUACGCCAUUUUCUGCAGAAGUGACUAUGGACCAACGUUCGGGUCGGUAGGGGAUGGGCAUGACCUGCACAUCUCAGGCAAAGCAAACAUAUUUACUUCAAGUUCAGUUUCUCUCGGUGAAACUUACAAUAUCCCAACUGACGUGGAAUCCAAGGCUGAUUUGUUCUUCACGGGGGAAACUCGUUUUCACGUGACCAAUUACGAAGUGUUUGAACUUGUGAACUGAUUAAUAUUCUGUUAAACGGACAUUUAAUGCGUUUUUUGGGCGACUAAAAUUAGAUCGGGCACCUUCAAGUAAUUGAUUAUCAAACGAAAUCGGUAAAGGAGGAAA